AUGCAGGCUGUUUAUAAAAUAUGGGAGGACGCGUGCACCGAGGAGGAUGAGUUUGGCGAGGUGGAAGGCUUCCAUAGCGAGGUUGAGGACUUUGAGAAUGAGACAAGCAAAGCUGCGGACUAUGAGUCGCUGCGGCAGGAGGCCCGCGACACCUUGCUGAAGGCAGCGAUGAACGGGACCCUUGGGGCUGCCUUCCGCACAGUUCGCGGCAAGGCCGAGCCAGCUGAGCCACCGGUGGAUGUGGAGGCCCUGCGUAGCGAGGCCCGCGACGCCUUGCUCAAGGCCGCGCAGAGUGGGCGACUGGCGAACGCCUUCCGCCAGAUGCGCGAGAAGGACGAGACGGAAGUGCUGCGGGAACAGGCAAGGGACACCCUGCUGGCCGCGGCCGGGGACGGGCGACUCAGCGCCGCCCUGCACCAAGCCCGAAGUGAGGCUGAGAUUGAGACGCUGCGUUCCCAGGCGGCGGGGGCGCUGCUGCGCGCCACCGCGGACGGGCGCCUCAAGGAGGCCUUGCUGAAGACCCGGGAGGAUGCUCAGGCCAGCGCCUUGGAGGCGGCGCGCCUGGAGGCCCGCGCCACCUUGGUGCGCGCGGCCAUGGACGGGCGCCUGUCGACUGCCCUGGAGACGGCCCGCGAGGAGUCUCUGCGAUUGGAGGCCCGGGACCUGUUGCUGUCUGCGGCGCGGGACGGGCGCCUGACCACUGCCCUGCAGAGCGUGCAGAAGGAUCCUGUCGAGGCUGUCCGCGAGAAGGCCCGGCUGGCGCUCAUGAAGACGGCGGAGGGCGGAAAGUUGGAGAGCGCCAUGGCAGAGAUCAUGGAGACCCGCAAGGCGUCCGAGGCGCAGGUCGAGCCAACCCCGUUCCAGUUCUGCCCCUCUGUGGGCACCUGGAUGCUGCCGACUUUCAAGGUGCAGCCAGCCGUGCCGCAGCCCGCGGCCGAGGAAGCGGCGGCGGCUGUCACGGAAGCCGCUCCUGCAAAGAUCACUCGCUCGCCCUCGAUCUCGAAAUUGACUGGCAAGACGAAGCGCCGCAUCAUCGGCGCGGUGGUGCGCGCCCCGAGCGAGUCCGUGCCUGUGGAUCCGGCACCGCCGGUGUCCUCACCAAAGUCCGACCGCCGCUUCAUCCUGGCGGGAUCUCCUUCCAACGCGCUGCGCCACAAGGAGCCUAUGAGCUUCCACAUUGGAGAGGAGUCGGAGAAGAAGGGCUUCGGGCGUCAGUCCAGCAUCUCCGCCAUGUUCGAGGCGAUGGGCGCCACGGAGCUCUACCGCAUGGAUUCCGAGGAGGCGCCGGCAGCCAGGCCCACAUCCGGCUCCAAGCCUGGCACUCCAGGCCGCAUGGCGAAGUCGGCUUCAACAGGCUCCGUGACCGCGGCGGUGUCGGCCAUGGCCUUGGACCUGGGCCUGGGCGGCCAGAAGGACCGCAUCGGCACACCUUCCAUGGGCUCCCGGUGCUCAUCGGCCGGCUCGCUGAAGCCACUGAAGACAAACAAGUUUGGCAAGGCACGGGGCCGCGCGCGCUCGCGCUCUCGCGGGUGCACGGACGGCCAGGCCGCACAGCUUCCCUUCCUCAAGAACGGCAGUACCUCAGUGGACUGGUCCAUCAGCCACGUGUCAGUGAUGCUGGUGCCUGCAGCAAGCGAUCUCCGGUGGAUGGCGUUUUUCCGGGCGGUGCUGGCCUGGUUCGAUCUCGCUGAUUCGUCCUUCAAUCUCUGGCAGAGUUCAGGCGCCGGCCUGCUCGUGGCCAUUCGGGAAAGCUUCAUCUACUGGCAGGGCUAG